AUGGCCAAGACCACGGCUGCCAUCACCUUUGUGACGGGGAAUGCCAAGAAGCUGCAGGAGGUGCAACAGAUUUUGGGGCAGGGCUUCCCCUUUGAGUUGACCAAUCGCAAGAUUGACUUGCCCGAGUUGCAGGGCGAGCCGGAGGAUAUUUCCCGCGAAAAGUGCCGCUUGGCUGCCGCCGAGGUGAAGGGUCCCGUGAUGGUGGAGGACACCUCGCUCUGCUUCAACGCCCUUCACGGUUUGCCCGGCCCUUACAUCAAGUGGUUUCUCGACAAGACGGGGCAUGUCGGGCUGAACAACCUGCUGGCUGCCUACCCUGACAAAUCGGCUUAUGCCCAAUGCAUCUUUGCUUUCACCACCGGACCUGGUGCUGAGAUUCAGACCUUUGUCGGCCGCACUGAGGGCAAGAUUGUGCCGGCACGGGGCCCCACCGACUUUGGAUGGGAUCCCGUCUUCCAGCCCGACGGGUUUGAAGAAACCUACGCAGAGAUGGACAAGACCAUCAAGAACAGCAUCUCCCACCGUGGUCGCAGCUUGAGUGCUUUGUGCGCGUACUUUGACACUCACAAGGCCGAGCUCGAGAAGCAACUGGCAGCUUAG